AUGGUGACGAUUCCAUUGAUAUUUGGGAGAUUGACGACAGGAGAUUACACGGACAAAGUAGCUUUGGAUCUGCAAAUUGAUGAAUUGCGCGCAAAGAUCAUCUGCACAGAGGAGAAGAAGUACAGCGCUGAGUACCAUCCACCCAACAAACGCUCAAUCGGAAAUGCAAUCAUGAUCGAAUUGAAGGACGGUACGGUCUUGGACAAGGCCGAGAUCAAGUAUUCUGUUGGACACAAACCUCGUCGAGAGGAAGGAAAACCACUCUUGGAUGCUAAGCUCAAGAGACACAUCAAGACUCACAAUCGUCUUCCUCUCUCAUCCUUUCAAAACACCCCUACUUCAUUUUAUUAA